CUCUCGUGCCACAGGGACUUUUAUUAGUAGCGACGCACUGCUGCGCUGACAGAAUGAUUGACACUUCAUCGCGCGCUCUGUGCGCAGCACCUGUUUUGAUCCCGCAAAACUGGAAAUCCGAAGCACAGCACACAGAGAGUCGGCCGCGCACAGGUUACAGAUAUACACACCUCAUGCCACAUUUAUAGGAUAUACUGAAGUCAGCGAGUCGACGAAGUGGGAGAGCAGGAACACGAGUCGGGUUAUUCUUGUGCCUGCACCCAGCCGGAGAUGCCAGGACUUUACAGCCUUUUCGGCAUCAUGUAGGACAUGAUGAAGCCCUGCACACCCGUGUUGAUUAGGAGGAGUGAAGCGGACGGAGUGACAGAUGCUUCCUUGACCAACUCUUCAAAUGUUGAUGACCGAAGGAUGGAGAAACAGACCUUGGUGACAGCUAUCAGUUUGUCCAUGAGCCUGGCGUCACUGGUGCUUCUCAUCACCGCUAUCAUGACUGACCACUGGUACGAGACGGACACCACACGGCACAGGCAGAACUGCGACCAGUUCGGUCCGGACGCCAACGAACACAAGAACCGGUUGAUGCCCAUCUAUCACCUGCCCCUGAUGGACAGCAGCAAUCCUCGGAGGAACCAGGCGCUGCUCCGGGCGAUCCACGUCGGGAGUAGAGAGGAGCUCCUGGAAAAUUGGAGGUCCAUUUUGGGAAUGGGAAUUUUAGAAACGGAAUGCGGGCGCCCCAUUUUCUCCACUUACUCUGGACUUUGGAGGAAAUGUUAUUAUCUAGGAAAGGACAAGGACAUCGACAACCUCAUAUCCAAGGGUAUAGCCCAGCGAUGCACCAUCAUCAAGUACCAUUUCUCCCAGCCCAUACGGCUCCGCAACAUCCCUCUCAACCUGACCCGCACCAUCCAGCAGGACGAGUGGCACCUCUUACACCUGAGGCGGAUCACAGCAGGGUUUCUAGGCAUGGCGGCAGCCGUUCUGUUGUGUGGCUGCAUCGUGGCGUCUGUCAGCUUCGCCUGGGAGAAGUCUCUCACUCAGCACGUCUCUGGGCUGCUCUUUCUCAUGGCAGGGAUCUUCAGCACCAUCUCCCUGUGUACCUACGCGGCCAACGUGUCCUACGACCUGGCCAGGGUCCCUCCCUUCAUCUACGGGCUGCCUGCUGACGUGGAGCAUGGCUACAGCUGGUCCAGCUUCUGUGCCUGGCUCAGUCUGGGGCUGACGGUGACGUCUGGAUGCAUGUGCACCACCUUCCCCAUCCUCAGCUGUAGCAGCAGCAAAGCCCAGCAGGGCAAGGGUGCCCCCAACGCCGGUGUCUGACACACACCUUGCUGCGUUUGAUAUACACUUUGCUGUGUGUUACACACACACUGAGCUGCAGCAAGGGCUUGUAGGAAGAAAGAGUCUAAUAUGUCUGUGUCCGACACACCCCUUUACUGUGUCGGACACACCUCUUACUGAAUCUUUCACAUCAACAGCCUGCUGACCAAGCCCAUCCCCAGACAUCUGUCUGACACUGCUGCAGCAGGCGCCUGGGACUAACAUUAGACCCUGCAUCUAAAUCUAGGUUACCUCCAUGGAGCAAAACAUUCUGGAAUUGUGGAAGUAUU